AUGGUUUUAUUCUUAUCCAUCUAUCCUUUCUUUUGCAAAACGGAGCUUAAUAUGAUUGUAAUAGAAAGGUACUCUUUGAAAGAAGUCGUCAUUUCUUUCUUUCUUUCUUUCUUUCUUUCUUUCUUUCUUUCUUUCUUUCUUUCUUUCUUUCUUUCUCAUUCGAUUUCAGAAAUUUUAUUUUUAAUUUUCCAAAACCCAUUUUUUUCUUUCUUUUUUCGAUUUUCGAACUUAAAAAUUUUUUCUUUCUUUCUUUCUUUCUUUCUUUCUUUCUUUCUUUCUUUCUUUCUUUCUUUCUUAUUCGAUUUCAGAAAUUUUAUUUUUAAUUUUCCAAAACCAAUUUCUUUCUUUCUUUUUUCGAUUUUCGAACUUAAAAAUUCUUUCUUUCUUUCUUUCUUUCUUUCUUUCUUUCUUUCUUUUUAUUCGAUUUCAGAAUUUUUUCCAAAACUAAUUUCUUUCUUUUUUUUCGAUUUCCGAAUUUAA